AGUACCUAUUGAACAGUACAACACAAGAAGAAGAUACCAUGAGGUCAGAAUUUUUUAUUUUUUUUAUGUUUUUUAUAAGCAUGAUCAUUUCAGGGAAUUGCAUAGAUAAGAAGCAUUAUGUUCUGGUGCAUGGGGCAUGCCAUGGAGCUUGGAGUUGGUACAAACUCAAGCCACGCUUGGAAUCUGCAGGCCACAAGGUCACAUCACUCGACCUUGCAGCUUCUGGCAUCAACAUGAAGAAAAUUGAUGAUGUUCAUACUUUCUCACAAUACUCUGACCCUUUGUUGCGGCUAAUGGCCACAAUUCCCAAAAAUGAGAAGGUAGUUCUAGUUGGUCACAGCCUUGGGGGGCUUAACAUUGCACUUGCCAUGGACAAAUUCCCAAAAAAGGUAACAGUUGGUGUUUUCUUAGCUGCUUUUGCUCCAGACACUGAACACCAACCAUCUUAUGUCUUGGAAAAGUACAAUGAGAGGACCCCGUCGUCUGCAUGGUUGGACACAGAAUUUGCUCCAAGUGGAAACAAAACAUCAAUGUUCUUUGGUCCCAACUUCUUGUCCAACAAGCUAUACCAGCUCUCCCCCAUUGAGGACCUUGAAUUGGCCAAGACUUUAGUAAGGCCAUCAUCACUCUUCGUUGAAGACUUGUCUACGCAGAAGAACUUCUCCAAAGAGGGAUAUGGGUCAGUUCCACGUGCAUAUAUUGUUUGCACUGAGGACAUUGCAAUUCCAAUGGAAUAUCAGCUCUGGAUGAUCCAAAAUGCCGGGAUUAAUGACGUUCUAAAGAUCAAAGGCGCAGAUCAUAUGGCUAUGAAUAGCAAGCCUCGAGAACUAUUUGAAUCUCUCGAGAAAAUAGUUACAAAAUAUGCAUAAAUUCACGACGAAUGUUGCAGUUUAUUUUUAUUUGUACGUUGUGUUUGAAUUUGACUUGUGUUAGAAUUAUAAUUGGAUCUCGUUUGGAACCAUGGCUCCACGAGACAUAAAUAAAGUGAUAAUCUUGCAACUUCUGCGUCUUUUCCGAUACAAACAUGGAUCUGUAUAAAUUUUAUUUUAAAAAAAUUACUAAUAUGAAGUUGUGUUAAUGAGUUCUUUUCAA